UAGUGAAGUCAGGUGACCAUUCUGUGCAACGUCAGACAAAGUCGCUUCUCUGUUCCGUACUCUGAAGAAAGAAACCUAAAAUGGCUGGAGGCAAAGCUGGCAAAGACUCUGGAAAGGCAAAAGCCAAGGCAAUUUCUCGAUCUGCACGGGCUGGACUUCAGUUCCCCGUUGGCCGUAUUCACAGGCAUUUGAAGAGCCGAUCAACUUCUCAUGGACGUGUUGGUGCAACUGCUGCAGUUUACAGUGCAGCUAUCCUAGAAUACCUCACUGCUGAAGUUUUGGAGUUGGCGGGAAAUGCCAGCAAAGAUCUUAAAGUAAAAAGAAUCACACCUCGUCACUUGCAACUUGCUAUCAGAGGAGAUGAAGAAUUGGAUUCUCUCAUCAAGGCUACCAUUGCUGGUGGUGGUGUCAUUCCACAUAUCCACAAGUCUCUCAUCGGCAAAAAAGGCCAACAGAAGGCUCCAUAAACAGUUUGAACAUUGAAGCAAACUAGAAAACCUAUUUGGGAUGCAGUCUCAGAACCUCAAUGUCAAAGAAAGAAUUUAGAAUUGUUUCAGUUGGAUAAACAUUGUUUUGAUUUGCUUGAAUACAACUUUGAAUUUAGUAUAAAUUUGACCAUUGGCCAUUCCAAACAAUGUUUUCUACAUUGUAUUUCACUGCCUCCCAAGGAAGUGCCGUUGUUUUGUUUUCUAGCUGAUUAUUUUUUAUUGUAUACCCUUUUUAUAUUAGUCUUGUCAAUAUACCAGGUUGAUUUUUAA